CAAAAACCCAGAGAUAAACCAUAAAAAUGGAGGUCUACUCUCAUGGUCUCUACUCUCCUCACUUCCCUCCCCCAAAGUCCAGACCCAAAACCCUAAUUGACCCUAAAUUUGGAGGGAACUUUGCUCAGAGGCUCCAGAGUAGAAGCCCCAUCACAUGUUUUUCUAGUAAAUGGGCAGAACGCCUUCUUGGUGAUUUCCAUGUUCAACCCUCUGAAACCUCUGAAACUGGAUCUUCAACUCUUACUCUUUCUUCAUUGCUUCCUCCUGCUUCUAUUAUACCUGAGAGGAAGGUCUCUCUUCCUUUGGAUUUUUAUCAGAUUUUGGGGGCAGAGACUCAUUUCUUGGGUGAUGGCAUUAGAAGAGCCUAUGAUUCUAGGGUUUCCAGACCACCCCAGGAUGGAUUUAGCCAGGAAGCUUUAAUGGGUAGGAGGCAGAUCUUAGAGGCUGCGUGUGAAACAUUGGCAAAUCCAAUGUCGAGGGGAGAAUACAAUCAAGGACUCCUUGUUGAUGAAAAUGCUACUUUGAUGACUGAAGUCCCAUGGGAUAAGGUUCCUGGUGCUCUAUGUGUACUUCAAGAGGUGGGAGAGACUGAAGUGGUUCUUGAGGUGGGGCACAAUUUGUUGCAGGAAAGCCUGCCCAAGUCCUUUAAGCAAGAUGUUGUGUUGGCCUUGGCCUUAUCCUAUGUGGACUUGUCCAGAGAGGCGAUGGCUCUGGCCCCUCCAGAUUUCAUCAAGAGCUGUGAAGUACUCGAAAGGGCACUGAAAUUAUUGCAGGAGGAGGGAGCAAGUAACCUUGCACCUGAUCUACAGUCACAGAUAGAUGAGACACUGGAGGAAUUGACACCCCGCUGUGUUUUGGAGCUCUUAGCUCUGCCCCUUGAUGAAGAGAAUCGAAGAAGAAGGGAAGAGGGUCUUCAUGGUGUUCGAAAUAUUUUAUGGGCAGUUGGAGGAGGAGGUGCAGUGGCCAUAGCUGGAGGGUUCAGCAGGGAGGACUAUAUGAAUGAUGCUUUCUUAUGUAUGAAAGCUGCUGAGCAGGUAGAUUUAUUUGCAUCAACACCUGGCAAUAUCCCGGCAGAAAGCUUCGAGGUCUAUGGCGUGGCACUUGCUCUUGUUGCUCAAGCCUUUGUGGGUAAAAAGCCCCAUUUGAUCCAGGAGGCCGACAACCUUUUCCGGCAACUUCAGCAGACCAAGAUAACUGUACCCCUAGAAAGCCUUGGCGAUCAAGCCGGGCCAACUGAUCGCAUGAUCGAUUUUGCCCUAGAACGUGGCCUUUGCUCACUUCUUGUUGGUGAGCUUGAUGAUUGCCGUUCAUGGCUGGGUUUAGAUAGUGAGGAGUCUUCAUAUAGAGACCCCUCUGUUGUAGAGUUUGUUAUAACGAACUCAAUGGGUAGUAAGGAUGAUGAUCUCCUUCCUGGUCUGUGCAAACUCUUGGAGAGUUGGCUAAUGGAGGUUGUUUUUCCUAGAUUCAGAGAUACAAGGAGCAUACAGUUUAAGCUUGGGGACUACUAUGAUGACCCAAUUGUUCUUAGUUAUUUGGAGGGGCUCGAGAAAGGUGGGGGCUCACCUUUAGCUGCGGCAGCUGCCAUUGUGAGAAUUGGGCAAGGGGCCACAGCUGCUCUUGAUAAUGUGAAGACGAGUGCCAUGCAGGCAUUGAAGAAAGUAUUCCCCUUGGGGAAUAGAGAUGAAAGGAAGAGAGAGAGAGAUGACGUUCCAACCGUUUAUGAAUUGGAAGAAAAGGUCUCUAUGGAUGAAAUUGAUCAAGGAAGUUCUGGUGCUUUGGCUGAGGAUAUUGCUGCUACCACUAGUGAUGAAUACGGGGAGACCCAAGAAAUCAUGGCUGAUAGCAUAAAAGAAGUCGGCAUCAAAGUUAUGUGUGCUGGUGUGGUCGUUGGAUUAGCUGUCAUUGUGGGGCUGAAGCUCGUACCUGCUCGAUGGGGCUCGUUAUUUUCUGGGAAGGAAACCCCCUCAGCAUUGGCCGCUAUUAGCGAACCGGAGGAAAAUGCGAGUUCAGUUGCUGAGAUUCCACGAAUGGAUGCUAGGCUUGCAGAAAAUAUAGUCCGGAAAUGGCAAGAUAUUAAAUCGCAGGCUCUUGGACGUCGCCAUGAUCUUGCUAAAUUGCCAGAGGUUUUGGAGGGUCAGAUGUUGAAGAUUUGGAGGGAACGCGCUGCAGAGAUAGCGCAGCAUGGGUGGUUUUGGGAGUACACACUGUUGGGGCUCAACAUAGAGAGCAUCACUGUCUCUGCAGAUGGGCGUCGAGCCCUGGUCGAGGUGACGCUUGAGGAAGGUGCACGCCUAACUGAUGAUAAGAACCCAGAGAAUAAUGACUCUUAUAGUACAUCAUACACCACCCGAUAUGAGAUGAGCUUUUUGGAUAAGGGGUGGAAGAUAGUAGAAGGGGCGGUCCUCAAGUCUUAAAAAAGCCUUCCUUUCUCAAGUACCUUAUCUCUCACUCCUUUUCGAGUUUAAAUGUGGCUCUUAUUGUAAUGGGUAUCUUACCCGGGAAAAAAGCUACAUCUAGUAUUGGGCCAAUGAUUUUAGCGAUGCGUCCCACACUUUUUUUCGCAAAUGUAGAAGCAACGAAAUCAAAACCAGAAGCAGUAAGAUUGAUUCUCAUAAAAAAAAAAAGUGAAAUAUGACCACGAGGCCUAAAUGGCUUGCCUCGUUCUUAUCCAAGUUCUUUGAAUCUUGGCCAUUAGCAUGUAUGGAUUCUGCUUGUAGUUUCCUUCAUUUCAAUCUUUUCAAUCUUUGAAAAUAUAAAACAGUUUAUAUCUCUGA